AUGGGGUCACGAAAGAGAUCGCAAAAAGCUGUUCAGGACAAAGCAGCUAAAAGACGGAAGGAACAAGAUGCUCUUUUAGAGGGUGGCCUUUUCACUCGGGACGAGGUCGAGAAUAUCAAAGACGCAACACCAGCCAAAAACUCGUGGGAUGAUGAUGAACAAGCCUACGAAAUGGCUCCUCGUAGUUUAGGUUAUGGGGAAGAUCAAGUGGAGGGACUUCCUAUCAAGGUGAAAGGUAAAGUGGAACGUAGAAUAAGAGCGUCCAAACCUGAGGAGACUGACAAAAAAGAGGAAAAAGAAGAGCAGCCUGAGGCUGUAAAAGAAGACCAGCAGCAGGAUGACAGUGAUACUGAGAACGAAGCUGCCCAAGUCGAUACUGUGGAGGGCGUAAUGAAGCUGAAAGAAGAAAUAGCUGAACUAGCCGAAAACCUGAUGGAGAACGCCGAGGAGAAUGUAGGUUGCCUGACUAGACUACGAAAGAUGGCCCAGUCAAAGAAUUCCAAUACUUGCAAAUUCUCGAUGCUGGCACUGGUGUCAGUUUUCAAAAGCAUUAUUCCCAGUUAUAAAAUAAGGCCUCUGUCAGAUUUAGAAAGACGAGAGAAAGUUUCAAAAGAGGUCGCAAAGCUUCGGAACUUCGAAGCUACUUUGGUACACAACUACAAAGAAUAUAUCGACUUGCUCGCCAAUCUAGCGAAAACUCCUAACAGCUCGAGUCCACUUCAAGUUUCAUUGGGUAAUUUGGCCGCCAAUGCACUUGUAGAGAUCCUUCCAACUGCAUCGCACUUCAAUUUCAACACUGAAGUUUUCAGCGCCAUAAUACGCAGAAUUUGCAAACCAAAUCCUUCUGCCGAUCCCUUAUUCACCUCGCUGAUAAGCGCUCUUGAAACGGUGCUGAGCGAAGACGACGAAGGAUCAGUUUCAUUGGAGAUUGUGCGCAUCAUGAGCAAAACCUUGAAAACUAGACUUUAUUUAGUGGAUGAGUCAGUUUUGAACGUUCUGCUUUCUCUUGAAGUGCUUCAAGAUUACGAUCCAAACACCAAGGAAGACACAGCAUCAAAGCCCAAGAUAAAGAAGAAGGAUAGAGUUCACAUCUCUAAGAAGCAGAGAAAGGUUAGAAAAGAAAUGAAAAAAGUUGAGGAAGAAAUGCGUAGAGCCGAAGAAACUGUUUUUGCUGAGGAAAGAGAGAGAAAUCAAGCAGAAAUUUUGAAGCUUACGUUAGCUCUGUAUCUGAACAUUUUAAAAAACGGUAUUUCGCCUCUUAUUGGUGCUGUUUUAGAGGGCUUAUCGAAGUUUGGACACAUGUCGAACUUCGACCUUUUGGGAGAUUUUCUGGAGGUCAUGAGGGAGUUGAUAGCGACCAGCGACUUAGAUACACUUUCAUCAGCGGAAACGCGUAAAGUGCUCCUUUGCAUCGUGACGGCGUUCUCGCUAGUGUCUCGCCAUAGUGCAAUGAAGGUGACAAUGGAUCUCUCGUCCUUUGUGGAUGCUCUUUACGCCAUAAUACCGAACAUAUCUUUAGACGCUGAUAUCGAAUACUCUCACAAAUCUUUGCGACUUGCGGAUCCUCUAAAUUGUGAGUUUGUCAAACCUUCAGUGAAUAUUUCUACUAAAGCUGAGCUCCUUCUUCGUGCCUUAGACUACGUUUUUUUCAGGUCAAAGUCAGGAUCCAAGACUCGCGCGGCGGCUUUCACUAAGCGACUCCACAUGGCAGCUUCUAAUACUCCGGAGAAAACCGUCGUGGCGAUGCUCAAAUUCAUGGACAAGCUGAUUGGUAAAUACCCUGAGAUUGGUGGUCUUUAUUCUACCGAGGAUCGCGUUGGUAACGGGUCAUUUCAGCUGGAGGCAGAUACUCCAGCUAGAAGUAAUGCCGAAGCGGCAACAAUUUGGGAGAACACUCUUCUCUUGAAACAUUAUAGUCCUCUGGUUGUGAAAGGCACGAAAGCCAUGCUGGAGAAAUCAAGGGAAGCUUUGAAGUAA